ACGUUUCUAGCAACCAUGGCCGGAGCCGAAGAGAUGAAUAAGUAUCGCUCACCUCUGGUGUCCAGAUAUGCCAGCAAAGAAAUGAGCUACAACUUCAGCGACAAAAAGAAGUUCAUCACUUGGAGGAAGCUGUGGAUUUUCCUCGCCAAAGCUGAGAAGGCUCUGGGUCUGCCCAUCACUGAUGCUCAGAUUGCAGAGAUGGAGAGCCAUGCAGAGGACAUUGACUUUGCCAUGGCGGCUGAAGAAGAGCGAAAGCUGAGGCACGAUGUCAUGGCGCACGUCCACACCUUUGCACACUGCUGCCCCACAGCUGCUCCCAUCAUCCACCUCGGAGCUACGUCAUGCUAUGUGGGAGACAAUACUGAUCUCAUUGCAUUGUGUGAUGGCUUCAACAUCCUCUUGCCCAAGCUGGCCAGAGUCAUCGACCGGCUGGCAAACUUUGCAGAGGAAUACGCUGACCUCCCCACGCUUGGCUUUACACACUUCCAGCCUGCCCAGUUGACCACAGUGGGGAAGCGAGCGUGUCUGUGGCUGCAGGAUUUGGUGAUGGAUGUGAGGAACCUGGAGCGAGCCCGCGAUGAUCUUCGUUUCCGUGGAGUCAAGGGGACCACAGGCACCCAGGCCAGCUUCCUGCAGCUCUUUCAGGGGGACCGUGACAAGGUGGAAGAGCUUGACAAGAUGGUGACCGAGAUGGCUGGCUUUAAGAAAGCCUACCUGGUGACUGGGCAGACGUACAGUCGUAAAGUGGACAUAGACGGCCUGUCCACCCUCGCUAGUUUGGGAGCUUCUGUGCACAAGAUCUGCACAGACAUCCGCCUGCUGGCCAACCUAAAAGAGAUUGAGGAACCUUUUGAGAAGGAGCAGAUUGGUUCCAGUGCUAUGCCCUACAAGAGGAACCCCAUGCGUGCAGAACGCUGCUGUAGCUUGGCCCGACAUCUGAUUGCGUUGAUGGCCGACCCCCUGCAGACUGCCUCAGUGCAGUGGCUGGAGAGGACACUGGAUGACAGCGCCAACAGGAGGAUCUCCCUGCCCGAGUCCUUCCUGACAGCAGACAUCAUCCUCAGCACGCUGCAGAACAUCACAGAGGGUCUUGUGGUCUACCCCAAAGUCAUCGAGAGACACAUCCGCCACGAGCUGCCCUUCAUGGCCACAGAGAACAUUAUUAUGGCGAUAGUGAAGGCAGGAGGCAACAGACAGGAAUGCCACGAGAAGAUCCGUGUUCUGUCCCAAGAGGCAGCAGCUGUGGUUAAACAGGAAGGUGGAGACAAUGACCUGCUGGCCAGAAUCCAGCGAGACCCCUACUUUGCACCCAUUCUAGGGCAGCUGGAUGCUUUGCUGGACCCCAAGACCUUUAUUGGGCGUGCUCCACAGCAGGUGAAAACAUUCCUGGCUGAAGAAGUACGCCCCCUACUGGAGCCGUAUAAGGCCAAUAUGGAUGUCAAGGUUGAGCUCGUGCUUUAAAACAUCAAUGAUGUCUUAAGCUGGUUUUAUGGUCGAGCAGAGUUUGCAGUCCACUCCACUCUAGGGACUGACCGUCUGUGUGCCUGGAGUGAGCUCUGUUGUCAGAUGGAGGCAGCGCACAAAGUGUGUGGUACAACCAGUGUGUGGGCCGCUCUCGCUUGUACUGUUGUUGGUCAACCAGCCACGGUGGAGAGUGAAGUUAUAACAGAUGCGAUGAAGCGAGAGCGUUACAAACAGGGUGCUAUCCUCAUUAAUUCACUGGUUCAUCAGUGUUUCAUUUGUCAUUGACUGAGUAUUAUUGUUUACUUGAAAUGAAUAAAACAUGACUGCUAAAA